AGCUAUAAUCUGUGCAUAUCAUUAAAAUUUUGUACCAAUAAAUAAUAAUAAUUGUUUGAAACCUUUUUUACUAAUUGAAUAAAAUGACAAACAUUUUUUUUCAUUUUGUAAUUUUUCUUUUCCGAAAAACUAUUUCUACCAUUCCCCUCGAUGUCUUAAUGUUUAUUUAAAAAUCAUAAUACUAUGCAUUUCAAAACUAUCCUCCUUAAGAUUAAAACGUAAAAACGAUAAAAUAUCAUUUAAUUAAUUUAUGCGGUGAAAUAUAUACGUAAUUAUGUAUUUAUGUAAUGAAAUAAGCAAAUUAUUGGUUAAAUAUUCUCCGAAAACUUCAUAUCGUUUCGAUGUUUCGCUUAAUGCGAAGUAUUCUUUUUUUUUUUAACAUCUGCCAUUCUGCCAUUCAUUGUAAAGAAAGCUUUAACUUUGCUGUCGUUGAAAUUGGAAUUUCAGUUCAAGCAAAUGGUAUCUCACGGGUGGAGGUCGUUGCGUCAAAUCUCACAAAUCAUGAAUGAAUUCUAAGUUCUGUUGUAUAUUUUCUACAAAUUAGCAACAUUGUUGACACUAUAUUUACCACAACGUGCGUUGUACGAUGAAUGAAGUAAGUGGAGGAAAGCAAGACAUACCAAAUACUUCUUCUUGGGAAACUUUAUCUGGCCAGUCUGCAUCUUCAUUGUCUACUAUGCAUCAUCAUCAUCAGUCGUUACAACAAGAUGCAACUCCAACUGUUGCACAAGUUAUAGUUCCUACUCCUGUAAAACUUCAGACACCUAUCUUAAGCUCAGCACAAAAUAUAUCUGACCACUGUUCACAACUUGGUCAUAUGCAACAAUCAGGUCUAAUGUCGCAGGGUACACCACCAGGAACGUUCCCAGAACCUGAACUUUCACCUGAACUUCAACAACAAGGAUGGAAGAAGUUUUGGAGUAAAAGAGAAAAUCGUCCAUAUUUUUGGAAUAAAUUAACUGGAGAAUCAUUAUGGGUAAUACCACCAUUGAAACCUCAGUUUGACCCAAUUACGGAUCCACUUGGUAUAUGCGGUGUACCACCUGUUUCUGGAAAUGGAACGAUUCCCCCAGGAGGAACACUUAAACGCAGAGCUUCUGAAGAUAGUGUUGUUCCAGCUGCAAAGAAAUUUGUAUUAGCAGGACCAUGGGAUUUGGAAAUUCCAACAAAUGUUAUAAUAUACGAGAGAGCUCCAUCAAAUUUACCUCAUGUUCAUCCUGAAGCAGAAGCAUUACGGUGUAGUUUACUUGCAAAGUUGAGACAAUGCUAUCAAGAAUUGUGUCAUACUCGUGAAUCCAUAGAUGCUCCAAAAGAUUCUUUUAACAGAUGGCUAAUGGAAAGAAAAGUUAUAGACUGUGGUUCAGAUCCCCUUUUACCAAGUCAGUGUUUUCCUGAAAUUUCUAUGUCUAUGUAUCGUGAAAUUAUGAAUGAUAUCCCUAUUAAAUUAGUCCGGCCAAAAUUCACUGGUGAUGCAAGAAAACAGCUAUCGCGAUACGCAGAGGCUGCAAAAAAGAUGAUAGAAUCAAGAGCAGCUUCGUCAGAAAGUAGGAAAGUUGUAAAAUGGAAUGCAGAAGACACAUUUCAAUGGUUGAGACGAACAGUUGGUGCUACAUUUGACGAUUUUCAAGAUCGUCUUGCACACUUAAAACGACAAUGUCAACCACACCUUACAGAGACUGUAAAAGCUAGUGUUGAGGGUAUUUGCCUGAAAAUUUAUCAUUUAUCAACAGAGUAUGCAAAAAAGGUUAAAGAUAAAAAUAAUCAAAUAUUAAAGGAUAAUGGUUUAGGAAAUGUUAUACCACUAGGAGGACCUGCUAGUGCACAAAGGAAAGUUUGGUGUUAUCCUGUGCAAUUUUCUCUUCCAACUCCACGACUUCCACAAGUGGAUUACCUUCCUGAACGUGAACAGACAAUGUUACGUUUUCAUGGUGAUACUGCGUGUAUUAAUAACAUGCAUCUUACUAAAUUAGAACACCUAUAUAGAUAUAAUUGCUUCGAUGAUAAAAAAUUCGAAAUGUUUUUACCUCGUGUUUGGUGUAUGUUGAAACGUUAUCAAACAUAUCUUGGAAUUAAUGAAGGACAAGCAACACAAAUGGCUCUGCCUGUCACAGUUUUUGAAUGUCUUCAACGAUCAUUCGGUGUAACAUUUGAAUGUUUUGCAUCCCCAUUAAAUUGUUACUUUAGACAAUAUUGUUCAGCAUUUGCUGAUACAGAUUCUUAUUUUGGAUCAAGAGGACCUUUCUUGGACUUUAGGCCUGUAAGCGGCUCGUUUCAAGCUAAUCCACCAUAUUGCGAAGAACUUAUGGAAGCUAUGGUUAAUCAUUUCGAACGUCUUUUGGCUGAUUCUACUGAACCUUUAUCUUUCGUAGUAUUCUUGCCUGAAUGGCGGGAUCCAGCACCUAAUGCUCUUAUCAAAUUGGAAAGUAGCCAUUUUAAGCGCAAACAAGUAGUGGUACCUGCAAUGGAACACGAAUAUAGACAUGGAUUUCAACACAUAUUACCAAAAGGGGAAGUUAAUAUUAGAGCAGCGCACGGAACAUUAGUUGUAUGGUUACAAAAUGCAGCUGGUACUGCUCGUUGGGGUCCUACUGAAGAAAGAGUCGAAGCAUUAUUAGAAGCAUGGCGUCCAGGAAGAGAAAGAGAACGAGAUAGACAAGAACUUUUGUCACCACCAAGGCAAACACAUCAGCAAAUACCUUCUACGCCUAUCCCUGUUUUAACAACGCCGACAAAUCCAACAAUACCGUUACAAACAUUAUCCACGCAUCCUAUAUAAUUCUUAAACAAUAUUCGGAGAGUUGAAAAGAAAACUAAAAUAAGUCUAACAAUUUAAUUUUAAUUCUUUCUUAAAGAAAUCGGUCUUUUACAGAAUGUAUUUGGCAAUUACAUUUUAUGUAGCAAAAUUAACAUAAUAACAACAUGAAACAUCGAUUUCUGCUAAUAUUGUUAUGCCUAUUAUGGUAACAUUCAUGAUAUAGUGAAUGUAAUCGUAAAAUCGGAGAUGCAAUAUAAUUUACGUGUUCAAGUAUUUAAAUAAGUGAAUUACUUGAAAACUUAUUAAAAUGAAGGACAAAAACUCUUAGUUUUGGUUCACUGGGUUCUCGCUAUAUUGUGAAAGAUACUGUACUUCAAUAUUAUUCAUCAUAUGUGCUGUAAGAAAUUCAUUUCAUCUAAAGAAGGUAUACAAAUAGAUGUUUAUAAUGUGUACAUAUGCGUACAGAAAAAUUAUUUGAUUAUUAUGAAUUGAAUGAAUAUUAUUAUGCUACCUAAAAUUUCAUAUAAAUCUUUUCUAUUAAAAAUUGCGAGAAUUUAUAACUUAAUUUUAAUAAUUCUUUUGUGAUGUUUAUCAUAGAGUGCAAUUUCUUUACUUAUUUCCAACAUGAAAUGUUAAAAAUAUGUGAGAUAUGACAAUGAAAAAUAUGUAUCUAUUAUAUAGGUAUAAAAAAUCAUCAUUCGACAAUUGAUACAAAAUCACGUUGCGUGGAGUCUAAUCUUUGUAAUAGUGUUAAUUGUUGGUAAUUAAUAAGAAGACUUUGUAAGACGUGAUACCCUAAUAGAGGUACUUGCCAUGCAAGUAAAAAUUGGUACUAUUAUGAAAAAGUUAUGAGAAAAUGCAAUAGUGUGUAUGCGUGUGUGCCCGUGUGUGUAAAUAAUGAAAUACAUAAUUAUAUUUGCUUGUUUUUCAUCGGAAAAAUUAGUUUAUAUGGAAAUAAUUUAAAGUAAUACCCCUUUUUAUACCUUUUAUCCAUGACAAUCUGUUUCUUUUAACAUGAAAUAACAAAGUGCGAUAGAUACUCUGUUUUCUAAAUGUAUCAUCAGUGCAAUAUUUUAUAUGAAUUUUUAAUAGAACUUAUAAAAGAAAAUAUGUACAGAAAUAUAUUAACUUCUUUUAUAGAAGACAUCCUUGUUACUUUUCGAUGAAUUUUUAGAUCUUAAAACGAACAUAUAAUUGAUUUAUAAAUUUGUAUAACACUGGAUUAUAAUGAUUCAUCCCUCAAUUUACGAAAUUGUUCAAGAUAAAUUCAUAAAAAAAUACUGUUCCAUAAAAUAAAUGUCUUGAGUUGAAAAUACAUUUGUAUAUAUAUGUAUUAAAAAAUCAAAUUAAGUAUAGAGUUUACAACUAUUAUUUUCACAUGAAAUGAAAUAUUUCUUUUUAAUAAUAUAAUGGCUUUUUCUUUAAAUGAAAUAUAUAUAUAAAUCAUAUAUAUUAUAUAUAAGAAAUAAUAUAAAGAAUAUCAUACAAUAUAUUUUCAUUAUAUUUCUAUUAUAUUUAUACUUUUUUCUUUUUCAAUUAAUUACAUAAGAAAGUCCUUAAUAUACACAUUUUAAGUCAUUCUAAGAAAUGGUGACCAAUUCGUAAUUUUACACAGUUUAAAAUAAUAAUUUAGAGAUAUUAUAUACACACAUGUGACAUAAUAUCACACAAUUUACUUUGUAAUUUUAUUUUAUAAAUUCAAAAGAAACAACUGUGCUAUAUACAUAUUUUUCCCGAUACUAAUAAGUUUUUACAAUUAUUUGUGUUAUAGAUAAUAUACAUACUUAUACAUAUCUUAUACAUUUUGUAUAUGUUUAUUAGUAGCAAAUUGUACAUAGUUGUACAAUAUGUAUAUGUAUAUAUGUAGACAUAAGACACUUAUGCACAUAUAAUUUGUAAGGCAUAAGACAAUAUAAAAAAAGGUUUAUGGGCACUUACUAUUUUAGUACUUAAACUCCCAUAAAGAAAAUAAAAUAUACUCUUAAAAAGAUAAUAUUAUUGUUGAACACAGUAUAAACAAGUAGAGUCCCACAUUUUAUAAAGCAACUUGCUACUGUUGAAUUAGAAUACUGUUUUCUUUUUUUAGAUAUAGAGAUAUUCACAUUAAUACAAACUAUAUAAAUAAUUUAUACUUCUAAAAACUGAAGAACUGUUUCUAAUAAAAGUUAUCCAAUUGACAAUGAA